AUGUCUCUGCAGAUACCUACUUUAAAGUUAUUACUGAUUGGCAAUUCCAAUGUCGGAAAAAGCUCUCUACUUUUACGAUUCACAGAUGACACUUUUCUACCUCAGGAAGAAGUUUCGGCAACUAUAGGUGUGGACUUCAAAGUUAGUAUGAUGGAAGUGAACGGCAAAAUGUAUAAGUUAACUAUUUGGGACACAGCUGGUCAAGAAAGGUUCAGAACUUUAACCUCUUCAUAUUAUCGAGGAGCACAAGGUGUUAUUUUAGUGUAUGAUGUCAGUAACCGUGAAACAUUUAAUGCUUUGAAUACUUGGUGGAACGAAGUUAAUACAUACUGUUCAAGCCCUGAUGUUGUAAAAAUGAUUGUCGGUAACAAAGUCGAUAAGGAAUCAUCAAGAAUGGUUACUUAUGAGGAAGGUGCAAAUUUUGCCAGGAAGUUGUCUACACUUUUCAUAGAAUGCAGUGCCAAAACCAAAGUGGGAGUAAAGGAGGCAUUCCAAGAAUUAGUUGAAAAGAUCAUUGAAACACCAAGCUUAUGGCAGAAAAACACUGCACCUAACUCAACAGUCAAGAUGACAGGAGACAAUAAAGAUGAUGCUAACAGCAGUGCGUGCGCUUGUUGA